AUGGGAUCAUAUUUGAUUAGUACAAUUGCCAAAAUUUCAGCAUUUUCAAAAUCAGGGAGGGUUCAAUAUGCCCGGAAACUGUUUGAUGAAAUGUCUUAUAGAGACAAAGUGGUUUGGAAUAUAAUGCUUACUUGUUAUACCCAUCUUAGUCUUUACCAAGAAGCCCUGUUACUCUUCCAACAAAUGACACGACUUUGUAACAUCAAACCUGAUCAUUACUCGUAUACUGCAACUUUGAGUGCGUGUGCUGGCUUGUGUAGUCUCCGAUUUGGACAAAAUAUUCAUUCUUUGGUGAUUGCCACAGGUUAUUGUGCUUCACUUCCUGUAAAUAAUUCACUUAUUGAUAUGUAUGCCAAGUGCAACGAUGUGUUUGAAGAGAUUCAUGAGUGUAGAAACAAUGUUUCUUGGUGCCCGUUGUUGUUUGCUUAUGUGCAUGCUGAUUGGUUUGAGGUUGCCCAAAGUGUCUUUGAUUCUAUGCCGAAUAGGGUUAAUGUUGCUUGGAAUACUAUGAUUGCUGGACAUGCUAGACGUGGGAAUCUUACAACCUGUGUUGAUUUGUUUAAGAAGAUGAUGGAAGAAUCAUGUGAUCAAGAUCAAUGGACGUUCAGUGCACUCAUGAAUGCUUGUGCUGAAUCACAACAGUAUCAAUUGGUUGGUUGCAUGGUCCAUGCUGUUAUUAUAAAAAAGGGAUGGACUUCUGCAGUUGAGGCUAAUAAUUCGAUUCUUAGUUUCUAUGCACAAUUUGGUAGUCCUGCUGAAGUGGUGAAAAUUGAGUCUGUCGGGAAUUUAACUCAAGUGUCCUGGAAUGCAAUAAUAGAUGCUCAAAUGAAAGUAGGAGAUACCCAAAACGCACUUGUCACAUUUCUACAAGCCCUUGAAAAGAAUGUUAUUUCAUGGACUUCAAUGAUGAGUGGCUAUGUUAGAAAUGGAAAUCUUGAAAAAGCAGUAGGUUUUUUUGUCGAUAUGAUAACAAGCAGCCUUCAGCCUGAUGAUUUUUCACUUGGAACUGUUUUACAUGCAUGUUCUGUCAUGGCGACGUUAGGGCACGACAAAAUGAUCCACAGUCUUGCAAUACAUUAUGGUUAUUGUGGUUCCACGUAUGUUGGUAAUGGGCUGGUUAACAUUUAUGCAAAAUGUGGAGACCUUUAUGGUGCAAAGCAAUCUUUUAAUGAUAUUAUUAAAAAAGAUUUGGUUUCAUGGAAUACAAUGUUGAUUGCCUACGGUAUGCAUGGUUGGGGUGACAAAGUUCUAAAGAUUUUUGAUGAAAUGAUUGUAUCUGGUUUGAAACCAGAUGAGGUUACAUUCAUAAGCCUGCUCAUGAGUUGUAGCCACUUGGGGCUUAUUAACAAGGGCCGAGCUCUUUUCAAGUCUAUGAGUCAGAUAUACCGAAUUUCUCCAGAUAUAGACCAUGUCGCAUGCAUGGUGGAUAUGCUUGCUCGGGGAGGGUACUUAGAAGAAGCAAGAGAGAUGACCAAUAUAUAUAGGAAAGGUGGCACGAUUGUUAAGUCAAGUGAAGCGGUUUGUGGAGCACGUUAUACACAUGGUGAUGUAUUGAUGGGAGCGGAAUUGGAAAGAGAGUUAAAAUGGUUUGAACCUGAAUGUGAAAUGAGUUAUGUUGUGCUGUCUAACUUGUAUUGUGUAAAUGAGAAGUGGAAAGAAGCCGAGUUGGUUAGGAAAGCUAUGGCUGAUCACGGGGUGAAGAAGAUGCCUGGCUGUAGUUGGGUUGAAGUAAAAAACAAGGUUAUGGCUUUUGUUGCUGGUGGUAGUUUAUGUGUAUACACGGAAGACAUGUCUUCCAUUCUAUACUUGCUUGAAUACCAAAUGAAGAAUCCUUUUAAUGGAAAUCUUUAA